AUGUCACCACUGCUGAACAGCCUUCACCAAAGAAAUGUUGUAACAGCAUGUCAGGCUCUUUUAGCUGCUGAACGCCUAUGCAUCGUGCUGCCAAAGUCCCAGCGCUCUCACUUUCCACGGUCUCCCCGCCACCCCUGGUGCCGGUGGUCCCGCAGCCGGUCCCCGCCGCGCUGCCCGGGCCGCCACCAGCGCGGGAAAUGCCAAACUUACCCGCGGCCGCGCCGGCCCCGCGGAGCCGCGGCCCCGCUCCGGGCAGGAGCCGCUCCGGGGCGAGCGGGUGCGGACGAACAGCGCACAGCCCUUUUCCGCAACUGCUCCGACCGCCCUCUGCCUACAGGGGAGGGGAAGGAAGGCAGGGAAAGGCACAGGUGCAGCCGGCACUUACCUGCUCCCUCUCUCCCUCGGCUUCCCGGCGCGAAGCUGCAAUCCACUGAGCUCCCAAGGCGUGAAGACAAAAGUCGCAAAACUAAUCCGAACUUGCGGAGUCCCUGCUUUACAGCUUUGCCCUUUCAGCCUCCACAGCCUGACACUUGCGAACCCCACGCUCCCUGGCCCGGCCCGUCCGCCUGGCUGGCGGGGGGCAGCCGGGAGGCACCGGGCCGGACCGGGGUCCCCUCUCCUGGUCUCUUGGCCGCGGGGUGGCUCUCCCGGCGCAAGGGCACGGACCCACCACCGACCUGCUCGGGGGACAUAAAACCUCGCACCCCUGCUGCCCUCUGUCUCCCUAGUGCUGUUGUCACGCCUACCAGGCCACUGUUUAAACCGCGGGGUGGUGGGGCGCUGGUGGAGAGCUAGAAGAGGAAGAUGAAAAAAAAAAAAAAAGUGGAAUAACUAAACCAGGUGCUU